AGAUCGCGACCUGCAAGUUCUGGCCCAAGCGAGCUGGUCCAGUGUCUGAGACUAGAAGCAGCUGUGGCGAUGUUGCGGUGUGGCUCCCGGCGUCUUGGCUGUCUGCGCGCCGCUCUCCGGUCCCAGGCUCACCACCGGAGCGUCACUUUCUGCAUCGAUCCUUCCUUGGGACUAAAUGAAGAACAGAAAGAAUUUCAGAAAGUGGCCUUUGACUUUGCUGCUCGGGAAAUGGCUCCCAAUAUGGCCGAGUGGGAUCAGAAGGAGCUGUUCCCUGUGGAUGUGAUGCGGAAGGCAGCGCAGCUGGGUUUUGGGGGGAUCUACGUACGAACAGACGUGGGUGGGUCUGGACUGUCUCGCCUCGAUACUUCUGUCAUCUUCGAAGCCUUGGCCACGGGCUGCACCAGCACCACGGCCUAUAUAAGCAUCCACAACAUGUGUGCCUGGAUGAUUGAUAGCUUUGGAAAUGAGGAACAGAGGCACAAAUUUUGUCCACCGCUCUGUACCAUGGAGAAGUUUGCUUCCUACUGCCUCACUGAACCAGGAAGUGGGAGUGAUGCUGCCUCUCUUCUGACCUCAGCCAAACGACAAGGAGAUCACUACAUCCUCAAUGGUUCCAAGGCCUUCAUCAGUGGGGGUGGUGAGUCAGACAUCUAUGUGGUCAUGUGCCGAACUGGAGGAUCGGGCCCCAAAGGCAUCUCCUGCAUAGUUGUUGAGAAGGAAACCCCUGGCCUUAGCUUUGGCAAGAAGGAGAAGAAGGUGGGGUGGAACUCCCAGCCAACCCGAGCAGUGAUCUUUGAAGACUGUGCUGUCCCUGUGGCCAACAGGAUUGGAAGCGAGGGGCAGGGCUUUCUCAUCGCCAUGAAAGGACUGAACGGCGGGAGGAUCAAUGUUGCAUCCUGCUCUCUUGGGGCUGCUCAUGCUUCAGUUAUCCUUACCCAAGAGCACCUCAAGGUCCGGAAGCAGUUUGGAGCACCUCUAGCCAGAAGCCAAUACCUGCAGUUCCAGUUAGCGGACAUGGCCACCAGGUUGGUUGCCUCCCGGCUGAUGAUCCGUACUGCCGCAGUGGCUUUGCAGGAGGAGCGGGAAGAUGCAGUGGCCCUGUGCUCCAUGGCCAAGCUCUUUGCUACAGAGGAGUGCUUCACUAUCUGCAACCAGGCUUUGCAGAUGCAUGGGGGCUAUGGCUACCUGAAGGAUUAUGCUGUUCAGCAGUAUAUGCGGGACUCCAGGGUCCACCAGAUCCUAGAAGGUAGCAAUGAGGUGAUGAGGAUGCUGAUCUCUCGAAGCCUGCUUCAGGACUAGCUCCUAAACUGCAGAGUCUGGCCUGGAGUUCAUGGGCAGCUGCAAUCAGUGUGGAGUACUGAGAUAGGUUGUUCAGUUGCAAGUGGAUCCUGGAGUAGAUUGAAGGGCUGCGCUCUUCUGAUAGAGAACUUUUGUGGUCAGCAGUGUGCUGGCUCUGAGAUAGGAACAGGAUUCUCAGUAGAGCUGGAAGGGCCCAGAGGAGCCAUGCCAGAAGACUUGCUCUCUUGCUGUCCUCAUUCUGGAAAAACAAGCAGUCAACACUGUGGCUUGGAUUCACACGAUGUGCGUUUCGUUGAUUCUUGUCCUAGGGUCUGGGUCCCUCAGUGAAGCUUUUCCUGAUUGCAGAGGCAGAGUGUAGGGAGGCAAGUGGGCAGCCUGUCUCUCUCUGCUCUUUGUUCUGCACAGGGUCUCAGGAUAGCACUCCUGAACUCAGAUCAUGAUAAAGUAAAUAUUUGGGAAUCUACUGCUAAGCUAUGAAUCAGGGUGCAUCUUUACUCUCCCCAUCACAUAAUAAAUGUCAAGGGCUAAGAUUAUUUGGAACAUUUGGAUUUUUAUAUGGGCUUUUAAUUCCUCUUUUGGGGCUUAUUUGGAACAUUUGGAUUUUUAUAUGGGCUUUUAAUUCCUCUUUUGGGGCUGCUUCUCUUUUUAAGUACUUUUAUUAGUAAAUAAAAUCUACCUCUUUACUGUCUCCUUCAACUAUAAGCCUUAUAGCUAUACUUGAUUUGAUUCAGUAUAUAUUUGAUUCAAUAUUUAAUUGGAUUUUUGAUAAUUAUAUGUUUGAUUCAAUAUUUAAUUGGAUAUUAGAAUAAUUAGGAAUCUCUUCUAAGGCAGUUUGUCUUUUAAAAAGUACAUCUUUUAAUUAAUUUUGCAAACAAAGCAUUUUUUGUCAUGUAUGGAAGUCUAAGUAUUACUCAAUGAUUAGGACUUUGGGAAAACCCUGCUACAGAUGAUUAUCUAAUCUAUCUUUUGAUGUUAGGAAAGAAAAAUGUACACGAUAUUUUGUUAGCCACAGUCACUGAUUAUAGAAAAGGAUAUGUGUCUGUAACUGUAAUAGACAUUUUAUUUUCUUAAUGCUUAUACUGUCUGAAACUGUCCUGUGCACAAGGAGCAAGGUGUAAUUCAGAGUUGAAAAUAGGGUUCUGCUGUCCACAGCUGUACCUAAGAGGAGCUAAUGGAAUGCAUGAUCACAGAGUCUGUACAAGACAGAAUAGUCUGGAAACAAGUAAAGGUAGAAAGAGGUUCACAGAGGAGGUAAAAACUCAGAUUAAGCUUUUAUGAAAAUGUCUAAAGGGAAACUGCUUUGCAGAAGUUGGGAGGGAGUACAGGAUUUGUGUGGGCGUGGACAUUUGUGUUUGUUGUGGUUUGGGGUUGGCAUGAAACAGAAAGUAUGAGUUAAGUGUGGUUAGAACAAUGGAAAAAGACGGGUGGGGGUUGUUUAUUUAUUUGUCUAUCUGUGUGUGGGUGUGUGUGUAUGAUGUCCAUGUGUGAGUACCACCUUGUGUGUGAAACAGCCCUGGGAGUCAUUUCUUUCCUUCCGCUGUGAGGGGCUCCAAGAAUCAAAGAGAUCGUCAAGCUCGUACAGCAAAUACUUUUACCCACUGAGCCAUCUCACUGGUUCCAGAUUCACCCAUUCUUAAGAACAUUGAAAACUGUCAAAGUGUGAGAGCCUCUUAGCCUAUCCCUGGAAACAGGGAGAGCAGGUGAAAGCCGCUGUAGACCAGUGCUUAGAAUGGCCACUGUGGAACCUUGUUAGUACAGAGAGCUUGUCAUUAACCACUCUGAUUGCUGAGGUUCCUACUCCUCCUCAAAGCAGUCACAAUGCUAUCUAUAGUGAUGCCUUUGAAGUUGUGGUUAUUGAAAAGUACGAGCUGUGAGACUGAAAUGAUGGCACAGCAGUUAGGAGCACUUGCUGCUCUUCCAGAGGACCCAACUUUGAUUCCCAGCACCCACAUCCUAACAACUGCCUGUAACUCCAGCUUCUGUAACUCUGACCUCUCUAGACACCUGGACUCGUGUGCACACACCCUCCCACAGACACACCUGAAAUACACAUAAUUAAAAGUAAUGAAAAUAAAAAAAUACAAACUGAGUGUGAGGGUUCAGUCCUGUAAUCCCAGCACUCAGAAAGCUAAAGCAGGAGGAUUGCCGUGAGUUCAAGUGUAGCCUGGGCUAUAUACAGACUGAGUGACCCUGUUUUGAGCUGGCAUUGUAGCUCACUUAACUAGUGUUCAGGAGCCCCUAGGCUUCCACCUCUAGCACUGAAAUAAAGUUCUUACUGUCAUCUCCAGAUAUUACUAAGAGAUUUCAUAUUCCCAGUCAUCUGGCAAGCAAGUGGUCAAUGAACUUUUAAGCUAAUUCCCAUCAUUGUCCUAUAUCAUAAGUAGAAGCAAAAAUACCAUAGCAAAGCCGGGCGGUGGUGGCGCACGCCUUUAAUCCCAGCACUCGGGAGGCAGAGGCAGGCGGAUCUCUGUGAGUUCGAGGCCAGCCUGGUCUACAAAGCGAGAUCCAGGAAAGGCGCAAAGCUACACAGAGAAACCCUGUCUCGAAAAACCAAAAAAAAAAAAAAAAAUACCAUAGCAAUAUUCACUUUUCUUUGAGAGACUCCUAUGGUAAGGCCAGGUAUAUGGCAAGGCCCUCAUGUUUGGGGUAUAGGAAAGUACAUCAUCACUGAAGGAAUUGAGGUGAUGCUGUGGGUUGAAUUGUGUUCCCCUAGAAAUAGUUCUGAACCUCUUGGCAUGUAAUCUAAUUUGGCAGAUAUAAUUAGUUAAAAUGAGGUGAUGAGGUCUAUUGUAGGGUAGACCUAUAAAACAGUGUUACUACUUAGAGUCAUAUGAAGACUCAGGCCCAAGGACACCAUUGAGGGUGUCCUUGUUAUUGACCAGUUAUUGCCAGCUGUCACAGGAACCCGGAAAAAGGGUAUGGAACAAAUUGUCCCUCAAAGCCCUGAGACAAAAACAAAACAAAACAAAACAAAAAAACCAACCAAACAAAAACCAAAAAACCAAGCUGUGACAUUCUGGUCUUAAGAAAAUGUUUGCUGGCUAAGCCCACCAAUAUGUGGUAUUUUGUUGUGCUCCCUGACCUGAGUCAUGUGAUCAGCCUCAUUGAAAUCUUGUAGAGUGUUGGAGUGCUGUCUCAAACAGCGGAGUAGAGCUGAGGCCAUAGCUCAGUGGUGCGGUGUUUGCCAAGUCUGCCAUUUGUUCCACAGCAUCAAAAUGGUAAGUCACAGUGUAUUUCCCAGUACUAACAAGAAGAAACUGGGAAGUAAAGAUUUAAAAUAUCACAUGUAUGAUGUCCCCAAACAUUUACAUUUAAAUACAAACAUAAAAAUAUACAGGGCCUCUCCACUGAAGAUAUUUAAUAUUGCUAUGAAAAAUGUAAAAGUUGUUAACAAAAUCUCAUUGUUAACAUUAAGGUUUGCCUCUAAGUUCAUCUAUACAAUCAGUUGAAAUCAGUGCAGGGCAAAAUCACAGAUUGUGUGUGUGUGUGUGGCGGGGGUGGAGGUGUUGAAAAUAGAAUAUGACAAGCUUAUUCUAAAAAUACCUAGAUAUGUCCAUUGUUGAAUAUUUACUACUGAGUAUUCGAUUUGAUUUUGAAUGGCUAAGUAAAGGAGUUAAAUUGAA